UCGUCCCCGGGACCAGCAGGUAUGUUUCUGUUGUGUGUCUGACCGAGUGUUCGGGCUUCGCUUACGCACGUUUAGGUGACUCCGCCCCGAAGCCAGACCAGGGCAUAAUCUCCGCCGCUAUUGCAAAUGCCGCCGCUUCAGCAUUCUCCCCACCUCCUGGACCCGGUCAUGUCAGCAUGCUCGAACGACAAACGCCUACGCCGACCAAGACUCAGUUUACCUUCACAUGCGAGUCGGACUCGUCGAAGGGAAUGGCUCUACAGGCACAGAACCCGUACCCCGCACAGCAUCGUUCACCCAGUGCUCUCACUGCAGCUGUCCAGAGCCAGCGGGGAUAUUCACAAGGCACCCAGACGAUCCCAAAUGCCGCUUCGCAAGCCAACUCUUCAGGGGCGUCUCAACAGUCACAGCACUCGCAACCGCCGCAACUACAGACUGCGGGGACUGAGCCUGCAACCACAGGGAGGAAGAAGAAGCGGUCUCCGGGUAGCCUCUACGCUCUGGCCGCGCGCCAACGCAAGAUCCAGCAGCAGUAUGCCAACCUUCACCACCCGCCCAGCAUCGAGGACAUCUGGAUCUGCGAGUUCUGCGAGUACGAGAGCAUCUUUGGGCACCCGCCCGAGGCUCUCAUUCGCCAGUACGAGAUCAAGGACCGCAAGGAAAGGAAACGAUUGGCGGAGAAGAAGCGGUUGCUCGAGAAGGCCAAGAUGAAGGGCCGUAAGGGCAAGAAAGCGACUAAGAACGCCAGCAAGCACGCAGCGGCUCAGCACGCAGCCUAUGACCAAGGAUACGACCGAGCGUCCGUGGAUCAUUCUUCAACCGGAGGAGGACCAGGGGUGCAUGAUGACGAGUACUUAGGCAACGAGUACGAGGACGAAGGGAUCCCAACCCCACCUCCAGCGCCUCCAGGUACUCUCAAAAAUGCACUACCACCAGGACAUCCGCCCAAGCCAGCCGCAGCAGCCGGGUCGGGCGCUAAGAGUGCAGCGGACGGCGGGACAAGGCCGCCCUGACAAUGGAGCAACGGCUAUCGAGCUAGCGAGCGGUGAUAGGCCGUUGCUCACUCUUCCUUUCGGUUUUCUCCUUGACUGUUUUCGAUUUAAUGCAUGCCUACUUUCUUCCACAAUUAUUAAUUUUUUUCUUUUCAUUUCUUUUCCAUUGCAUGAUUGUGUUA